UGCACCCUCCAAGAAGAGUCCGUUUCUUGUCUAUAUCAAGACAAGAAAGCGGUGUGCAGUCUGUUAUUAGAAGGGGACAUUUGUAGAUUCAUACUUUUUAGUAAAUUUUAAGACGAAAGCGGCAGCAGUUUCGAGAGGUUGCAUUUUAACUCGAGGUUUGCUGGAAUUCACUCGUUUUGAUUUAGCUUGAUAGCUAGCGAGUACGUUUGCGCAGUCGUAAGUUAAAAUAAGCGAACUCAUCAUGUUUGAGGCACGGUUAGUCCAAGGCUCGAUUCUGAAGAAAGUUCUUGAGGCUCUAAAGGAUCUCAUUACGGAGGCUUGUUGGGAUGUAAGCUCCUCCGGUAUCGCGCUCCAGAGCAUGGACUCAUCCCACGUCUCCUUGGUCCAUCUCACCAUGCGAAGCGAUGGAUUUGACUCCUUCCGCUGUGACCGAAAUCUCGCCAUGGGAGUCAAUUUAGGCAGUAUGGCCAAGAUUAUGAGAUGCGCCGGGAACGAUGACAUCAUCACCCUAAGAGCGGAGGACAAGACAGACACGUUGGCUCUCGUGUUCGAGUCUCCCAAUCAGGAGAAAGUGUCCGAAUACGAGAUGAAACUGAUGGACUUGGAUGUGGAACAGCUCGGAAUCCCAGAUCAGGAGUACAGCUGUGUGGUGAAGAUGCCUUCGGCAGAGUUUGCGCGGAUCUGUCGCGACCUUUCUCAGAUCGGCGACGCCGUCUCCAUCUCCUGCGCCAAAGACGGCGUGAAGUUCUCUUCCUCGGGCGAGAUGGGGACCGGAAACAUCAAACUCUCACAAACCGGCAACGCGGACAAAGAAGAUGAGGCAGUUAUCAUAGAGAUGAACGAACCCGUGCAACUGAUCUUUGCCCUCAACUACCUGAACUUCUUCACCCGGGCCACGCCCCUCUCCAGAACGGUCACUCUGAGCAUGUCCGCAGACGUACCCCUGGUGGUGGAGUAUAAGAUCGCUGACAUGGGCGAAAUAAAAUACUAUCUGGCCCCCAAGAUUGAUGAGGAGUCCUCGUAGGAGCGAACACACAGAGCACACAACCGAUGGAGCUGGAUUUAUAAACCACUUGGUCUGUUCCUUUGCAUUUGUUAGGCAAUAAUGUUUUGGGGGGGUUUUUUUGUUUUUUUCUUUUAAAGUCUGGUUAUUCUCACACUUGCACAUGUCUGUAACUGUAUGAAAACAAAACAAUGUUGCUUUUAAGGGGUGGAAGAGCUCUGGGGUUUUACAAUGUAGUAUUUCGCAGACGCUUUUAAACCAAAGCCACUUGCAGUUCGCACAUCAGUCAGGUUCAGGUUUUGGUAUGAAUAAGGCAAGUCAGCGAGUGUAUCCAGUCAUUUGUCAUAGUUUAUAUAAACAUGUAGAAGGCUGUUUGCAAGCUUUGGUAUAAAGCAUACAAGGUGUCAAGUUUUCGAAGGUUCUGUGUAGUUAAAGAUCUUUUUAAUUCAUUUUAUCAACUCAAUUUUCCUACCUU